CAGAGCUGACUUAAAGAAAAAAGUUGGCAUUUUUUAAAAGCAAUGGAGGAAAUCAAUGACGAUGUUGAAACUGUAAAACCCCUAACCCCAAGAUCAGCAAUACAAGAAGGUCCCAGGAGAUUUCCCCGAGCGUCUGUUCUCGGUUUUGGGCUGCUGAGUGUUUUCCUGCUGGCUGUCUUCAUCGGACUCACAGUCUACUGCCAUUACUCAGAUGGUGUUGCAGCUGCAGAUCUCUCCACUGUCAAAGCAGACCUGUCCUCAGUGACUGAAGAGAGAGACAGACUGAAGGCCAACCUCACCGAAAAGACCAGAGAGGUGGACAGGCUUCAGAGUUUGAUGGGCAAGGGCCAUUACUCAGAUGGUGUUGCAGCUGCAGAUCUCUCCACUGUCAAAGCAGACCUGUCCUCAGUGACUGAAGAGAGAGACAGACUGAAGGCCAACCUCACCGAAAAGACCAGAGAGGUGGACAGGCUCCAGUGUUUGAUGGGCAAGGAGAAAACGUGUCCAGAAGGAUGGAGGAAGUUCGGUUGUUCCUGUUAUCUCUUCCUCUCCACUGAGAAAGCUUCUUGGGAACAAAGCAGACAAGACUGCAGAGCCAGAGGAGCACAUCUGGUGAUCGUAGACAGUGAGGAAGAACAGGAAUUCAUCUCUAGCAAGAUCAAGGGAGACACUUGGAUUGGUUUGAGUGACAGAGAAGAGGAGGGGACCUGGAAAUGGGUGGAUGGAUCUCCACUGAAUCUGACGUUUUGGGUCAAAGGAGAGCCUAGUAAUGGAGGAGUGGGUGAAGAGGACUGUGCAGUCAUCAAACCUGACACCAAAAGGUGGAACGACCAGCCCUGUAAAGAACAUAUAUAUUGUAUCUGUGAGAAAUAAGCUUAACAUUGGUGUCUGUUUGGAUACCAAACAUGCAAUCAUGCUUUUACAAUUUAUUUUAAAUUGAGUUAUUUAAAACUAUUCAAAAUGCCUCAUUUCAUGAAUAAGAAUUACGUUUCAUGACUCGAUAAAUCACAAUUUUUUUUUUCUGAUAAUAUAUAUCAGCAAUAAAUAAAUAGUAAUUUAAUUUGUUUUUGCCAACUUUUAUUUGCCUCAAUUAAAUUAGUAUUUGUAUUAAUCCUUUUACAUAUCAACAUAAAAACAGCUUAUUAAAAACAUCUGCUGAUAAGCCCACAGUUCCUGAAAGUUAUAAUAUUGAAGGUGCCUUAUUGAGCAGAAUAUGAUAAAAAAUAAGAAGAAUAAAAACUGUCAAACAUUAUUGAAUAAUUCAGAAAUAUACAACAAUACUCUAGUCUCAGCAUUGGUCUAACUUGUUCAAAUGUGUAAAAUAGCCUGUGUGUUAUACAGUAUGUUUCCUAACAAUGACCUCUUGUGGCCAUGUGACUACAAAUCUAUUGCAGGUAUUUAACAUGCAUAGGUACCAGCCACUUUGUACAUACUGUAAGAACUAGUGCUGUCAAUUAAUACAAAAAUGUAUGUAUGUUUAUCACAAUAAUACUCUGGGACUUUAACUGCAGGAUUUGCUCAUGUUUCAUUUAAAAAAGUAAACUGCCUUUUAUUUUAAGUUAAUUACAGAACUUUAGUAAAUGGGCAAAUUAGAUAUAGUUAGAUCAGGAAAUGGCAACUUUCUUUGAGCAUGCAUACAAAGAUAAAAACUGUAAAAAGAUAUUGUGGGUGUCUUACAUGUUCUCUGACAAGAUAAAGCUCUUCCACUUCAACAAACUGCUGUUAUCAGAUAAAAAGCAGCUUUACCACUUCACCUUUUUUUCUCAAAGUGAACAACUCCUCCCUGAAAGUUGUCUUUGAAAUGAUGUGCACUUUUUAUAUUUAUGAUCAGCGGCAGACAGAGUACUUCAGAGGAAAGACAUUUGUGUUUAUCAGCAUUUAAAAUUAAGAUCCCUGCUUUCACAACAAUGUCAUGCUAUUCUCUUUGUAUUAACCAGUAAAACAGAUCUAUACAGGAUCAAUACAUUUAGAAUAUUAUUCAUCUGUAUGGCUUUGUAAGAUUAUAUGUCUCUAUUUAACACAAUGGACUUGAUUAUCUCACUUGUUUCAGUCU